CGUAAAUAAAUAACAUUCGAGUGUUUAUCAAGUUAUUUUCUCUGUUUUUGUGGUAGAAUUUUAACUUCUUGUUUAAGUUAUGUAGCCACUGGCAGUGGCAAUCGAACUUAGUAAGGUAGAAAUUGUUGCAUUAUUCGAUCAGUGCUCAAAUGUCGCUGAAUCCAGAAUGGAACAUUACAUGCCGGAUAUGCCUGCGUGAGGGAGAAUUCCGAUCGUUGUUCGAGAUUUGUCCGCGGUCGAGACUAAGCUACUGCACGAAGGUGAUGCAGUGCAGCAGUGUCGUAAUCCGGCGGAACGAUUCACUACCGGAGCUUAUUUGCGCCGAGUGCAUUCGCGAGCUGGACGUGGCCUAUCGGUUUCGAAUUAACUGCGAGAGUUCCGAUGCAAUCCUGCAAUCGUACCGCGAAGCCACGGUUGAUGUUAAAACAGACGAGAUGGAUGAUAAUUCGAACUGUUCCUCGGAGAUUCAGAUUCCGAUCAGUUCGGAUGUUAUGUACAGCUAUAAGCCACCGUCAGGAUUGAACGUUAAAUUGGUUUCCCGGGAAAAAGCGGUACUUCGGGAAAACAACGGAGAGACGGUCAUCUUCGAACGUCCCCGGGCUGAGUUUAUGCCGUCCGGAGCGGAAAAACGUGAUUGUGACGAAACUUCCACCGGUGACGAGCCGGAAUCACCGCCGUCGGAUGACGACGAUGUGGAUUCGUUGAUAACGUAUGACGAUGAUCUGCCGCCUUUAACGUUCCGGACUGGGAGCAUUGACGCAGAGCAGCAGCAGCAGUGCACGAACGAAGCAAAUACAGCGCGGCGGUCAGACUUGAUCAACGAGUUAGAAACUCCCGACAUGGAAAAGCCACCGGACGACAGCAGUGUAGAUAUUUUCUUCAACGCAGAACUGGUGUACGUCGACAAGGAAGACGAUCUACUGGACCAACUCGCGAGCAUAAAGCGCGAGGAUGACGAAGACGAUUGGGAAGUUAUUUGCGACGAAGAAGAUAGUAAAGAAUAUUUUAGAAAGCUUCCGCAAGCGGAAGCACCGACAGUUCAACCCACGACUGGGUUGACCUCAAUGCGUGUUCAGUCGAAUAUUGCGCCAUCGAAUUUAAUCAAAACCAUCCAAACUAUUCGGAAGGCAAAUGUGCCGAACGAGGAGAAACCUACGAUCGAGAACAUUAUCACGAAGCCUGGUCCGGACGGUUCGCUGGAGACGGUAAUACGUGUGAAGCGAAACUUGAAAACCGUCAAGCAGCGGCACGUAUGUAAGCUGUGCCAACGGUCGUACAAGUACAAGCACGCGCUGGAGACCCAUUUGAGGAGACACCGGGGGGACAAACCGUACAAGUGUACGCACUGCGAGAAGGCUUUCGUGGUACCGUUCGAGCUGAGACGACACAUGCGGACGCAUACGGGAGCUAAACCGUACAAGUGUAAAUAUUGUGAACGACAAUUUUCUGAUUUUGGCAGUAAAAUCAAACACGAACGAACGCAUACAGGAGAAAGACCUUACAGCUGUGAUGUUUGUGACAAAAGUUUCACUUACUCACACGUGCUGAACAGUCACAUGUUAAUCCAUACUGGGAUUAAGAAAUACUCCUGCCCAGACUGUGGAAAGCGAUUCACAAAAUCGCAUCAUUUGAAGGCGCAUUUGAAUACGCAUGUAAGGACGGUAAGCGGUAGCAAUGUUAGUGGCAAAAGUGUGCUAAAAGUUGCCAAUAGAAUCAGCAGAAACGGUAAUAAAAACCCGUCACAGAGCACAAACAUCGUCAUUGCCGAUAAACUGGAGCAAGCUGACCAGCAACGAAGCACGGUCGAUCAGCAGUUGAUCACGGUCGAAGAGGCAAUGGAAAACCGAAGUGCCGACUUCGGUUUGGAGGACGAUCCGAACAGCCUGGCGGAUGGCAGCAGUCCCUUCGGGCAGCUGGUGAACAUUAGCGACUACAUGAUGUCGGCCAAAGGCUGCAGCGAAACGGCAUCGAUCGGUGCCAUAAUGUCGGCCGACGACGACGAGCAUGAUGAUGAUGAUGACGGUGAUGGGAAUGAUACGGCCGUCGCCGCCUCCGCCGUUGGCACCGCCGGACCGGAUGCCAUCGGUGCGGAGGAGGACGAUGAUGACGAUCCACUGCUGAAUGUGGUGACUGUGUUGACCGCCAACCAGGUGGCCAGUCUGGUCGAUGGGGGGGACUACGGCAGUAUACGGAUCGUGAAUGGGUAA